CUCCUCUUCUUCUUCUUCUUCUUCUUAUUUUCCGCCUGCUCCAGCAUUGCGUUACCCUCUCCUCUCCUCUCCGCGCUUCCCAACACCAGAAAGGGCGAAAGCGUGAAGUUGCUCCGAACCAGACGCAAUCUCAUCGCAUAUGCAUGUUUGAUUGUUCCAGGUUGGCUGCUAAAAAAACCUGAUUUGUUUUUUUUUUUUCUCUAGUGGAGAAGAAAGAAGAGAUGAAGAGAGAAAGAGAAACGAAAAACAAUAACAGGGGAUUAACCACAAGUGACGCCCUGCAUUACCUCAAAACUGUGAGGAACAUUUUUCAUGACAAUGUAGGCAAGUACGAGACUUUCCUUGAGGUCAUGAGGGACUUUAAAGCUCAAAGAGUCGACACUGCUGGUGUCAUUGAAAGAAUUAAAGAUUUGUUCAAGGGGUACAACGACCUACUCCUGGGUUUUAAUACUUUCUUGCCCAAAGACCAUACAAUAACCCUUUCCCCAGAGGAAGAGAAGCCUAAGACCAAGGUGGAUUACAACGAUGCUAUCAGUUUUGUAACCAAGAUUAAGGCGAGGUUUGGUGGUGAUGAAGAUGCCUAUAAAAGUUUUCUAGACAUCUUGAACUUGUAUCGAAAGGAUAAAAAGUCCAUCACUGAGGUCUACAGAGAGGUUACUUUGCUGUUCAAGGGUCAUGAAGAUCUGCUGGUGGAGUUCGUUAAUUUCUUACCUAGUUGUUCAGAAUCUACUUCUACGAAGAAUGAAGUACCGCUUCAGAAGAGAAUAAAACGAGAGCGUAAGCUCGAAUAUGAGUCUGAACACUCUGAUCAACGAGAAGAUGGCGAUGAGAACCUUGUCGCUUGCCCCGCUGGUAACUCCCUGGGAAACUCCCUUGUUAAAAAAGAAGGUCAGCGAGGCUAUUUGAAGGCGGAGGACAAUGGGGGAAUUCGAGAUCAUGAAAAUAGUGAAAGAGAUACAGAUAGAACUGACAAAAGUGCAGCGGCUGGCAGUAAUGAUACUGAAAACCAAAAAAGUCCACCAUCUGCUUCAAAGUAUGUGGGAGUACCUAUAAAUGAACUUGAUCUUUCCGAGUGCGUUCAGUGUACGCCAAGUUAUCGGCUCCUUCCAAAGGAUUAUCCAGUUGAGAUUCCAAGGUACAGAAAUGCACUUGGUAAAAAGAUACUUAAUGACCACCUGGUAUCCGUCACCUCAGGGAGUGAAGAUUACUCGUUCAGUCAUAUGCGCAAAAACCAGUACGAAGAAAGCUUGUUUCGGUGUGAGGAUGACAGGUAUGAAAUGGACAUGCUACUAGGAUCUGUAAGUUCAGCUAUCAAACACGUGGAGAUCCUUCUGGAAAAGAUCAACAACAAUACAAUCUCUACGGACACAAUAUGCAUUGAAAAACACUUAUCACCUAUGAACUUACGAUGCAUUGAGCGGCUAUACGGUGAUAAUGGGCUUGAUGUCAUGGAUCUUAUGAAGAAGAAUCUGCAUAGCGCUUUACCGGUGAUACUAACGCGCUUGAAGCAGAAGCAAGAAGAAUGGGCAAGGUGCCACUCUGAUUUCCAGAAAGUUUGGGCCGAAGUGUAUGCCAAGAAUCACCAUAAGUCACUGGAUCAUCGUAGUUUCUAUUUCAAGCAGCAGGACGCCAAGAACUUGAGCACAAAAUGUUUAUUGGCAGAGAUAAAAGAUAUCAGUGAGAAAAAGCAUCAAGAAGAUCUGCUUCAAGCUAUCUCUGUCAGAACAAUGCCUUCUUUUACUCCGGAUUUGGAGUUCAGUUAUGGUGAUUCACAAAUUCACGAAGACCUGUAUCUGUUAAUCAAAUACUACUGUGAAGAAUUGUGCACGACUGAACAAGCAGAUAAAGUAAUUAAUCUGUGGACAACCUUUUUGGAGCCCAUGUUCGGCAUUCUUUCGAGGAGUCAAGGUAACCUGGCGAUGGACGAGAAGUUAAAAAGCAACAACCAAGAAUUGGAUGAUGCAAGUGUGGCAGUGAAGGACAGCGCUUCUGGGUCAAACCGUAAAAAACAUCCUAGAUCCCCGGAAAAGCUGAAGAUGGAUAAUCCAACAGUGCAAGGCAGCUCUCCUGGGAAAGAUGCGUCUUCCAAUAGAGUGAAAACAGCUAAGCACGAUAAACUGCAAGAUGAUGAAGCUAUGACUAAUGAGGUUAUCCAGUCGUCCAAGCUGGUUUCACCAAGAAAAGAUCAGGUAACUGAGCGGGAAGAGGGUGAAUUAUCUCCCACCGGCAAUUGUGAGGUGGCUAAUGGACCCGAAGGUGAAGAUGGAUCCUCCGCAUUUUCAGAAAGGUUUCUGCAAACUGUAAAACCUGUUGCCAAGCAUGUGCCUUGGCUAUCGAAAGCUACUGAAACUUGCUCCCAGAACGAUUCUCGAGUUUUCUACGGGAAUGAUUCCUACUAUGUGCUAUUUAGGCUUCAUCAAAUGUUGUACGAGAGAAUGCAAUCAGCAAAGAAACAGGCAGAAAAGAAGGGGAAGGCUCCAGAUAACACAAUUCCCGAUUCUUAUUCAAGGUUCAUGGAUGCACUCUAUAAUUUACUUGACGGCUCUAGUGACAAUACAAAGUACGAAGAUGAGUGCCGCUCUGCUCUUGGAGCACAGUCAUAUGUUCUUUUCACAUUGGACAAGCUAGUUCAGAAGCUUGUUAAGCAGCUCCAUGCGGUUGCAGCUGAUGAGACAGACACCAAGCUUGUGCAACUAUACGCAUAUGAGAACUGCAGAAGAAAGGGAAGAUUCUUUGAUCUAGUGUAUCAUGAGAAUGCACGUGCCAUUCUCCACGAGGCAAACAUGUACCGGAUCAUAUAUUCGUCGGUGGAAACCAGUCUCUCGAUUCAGCUUAUGAACAGCCAUCCUGAAGUAACGGGUACAGCGAUGAAGCCAGGUUUUGCUGACUAUCUGCAAAAUGAUUUUCUGACGUCCGUCAAUGAUGAAGAGAAGCAUGGAGUGUUUCUGAAAAGGAACAAGGAGAAACUCACCGGUAUAGAUGAAUCUUCGGGGAUGCUUGUUGCAAUGGAAGGGUUGAAUGUUGUAAAUGGGAUCGAAGCCAAGAUGACUUGCAGUACUUCAAAGGUGAAGUAUAUAGCAAACACUUCAGAUCUUUUGUACAGAAGCAAGCAGAGGAAACGGAACCCAAUGGGACAGAGGCUUAAAAGAGUGAGCGAAAUCUCAAAACAGAGGAGAAUAUCGCGGUUUCACAUUAUGCUCAAUUGCAAAAUUAUGGCCUUGCCGUCUCUAUAAGCACGUGUUAGUGCUGAGGUUCUUAGUGGCAAAGGUUCUUUGACUCUUAGAGAUUAAUGCAAAGGUUUGGUGGUGUAGGUGUGAUCAUCAUAUGGCUCAUGAUUCAUCACCACGCCACCUUUUUGUUUCCGCCAGUUUUGGACCUUUUUGGUGUAUAGUUUUUUUAUUAGAAUAUAUUGUAUGAUACGAAAGUUUGCAACAUCGGGGAGUAGUAAUUUCUACAUUCAAC